CACUGAUGCUUCCAGCUUCAAGGGGAGCUGAAUAUGAAGGACAGAUUAGAGGAGCUGAAGAACCGAGUUAACGAAGAUGGGGACUCUCUGGAACUGGAGGAGACCCUCUCCUUUGACAACCCUGUUUUCAAAGAGGGGGAGAGCAACCCCAUGAGCAAAGUUUUCCAGGAAAUCGCCAGCCUCUCCUCGGCUCUGGAUAAACUGGAGGAAUUAUCCGAGAACAUCGACAGGAAGCAGCAACAGGUGUUGUGCUGUACCACCGAGGAAAGCAUCUGCAAAGAGAAAAAAGAACUGAGCCAGAUUAAAAACACUUUCACCAAGGAGGCCAAAAUCAUUCAGCCAAAGCUCAACAGCAUCAGAGAGACUUUGGCGAAGGAUGGCGAGCAGCGAUUGGCUCUCAGCCGCAUCCGCCACAACCAGCUCUCGGUCCUCAUUGGCCGCUACCGCGACAUCAUCACCGGCCACUACACCAAGGAGACCCAAUAUGUGGAGAAGCUGAAGGAGCAGAUCAGGAGACAAACCGAGCUGGCGGGCUUGAGCCUGCGGGAAGAGGACAUCAGGCAGCUGGUGGAGAGUCCGGUGGCUCCGCGCAUUGUCGGGCAAGACCUGGAAGUGCUCAAGGCCAAGCAACAUCUGGCCAUGGCACAAGUGCGCCACCAACAGCUGCUCGAUUUGGAAGCUCAGAUUACUGAGCUUCACUCUCUCUUCUUGCACAUGGAGGUCUUGGUGGCGGAACAGCAGGAGAACCUCAACAGCAUCGAGUACAACGUCUUGCACACGCUUGACUACAUCUGCCAGUCCAACGAGGAGGUCAAAAAAGCCCUCAAAUAUGAGCGGCAAUCCCGGUUUUCUGCCACGUUGUCUGCGCUGCUGGGACUCUGUGCUUGUUGCACAUGCUUAUCCUGUAUGGCCACUCCGAGUGUGAUACGGUGA